AGCUGCUUUCAAUAUGGCCACGCCCCCUACCGUGCCGUACCUGCAGCCAGACUCGCUGCUUGGCCUGCUCCGCGACGAGCAGGCGCCCGUAGUGGUGGUCGAUGUCCGUGACGACGACCACGCUGGUGGACACAUCGCUGGCGCCAUCUGGCUCGCAUCGCGCGACUUUGAUGCAGGCAUGACGUCGCUGGCUAGGGAGCUGGUCCAGCGGGCGGCUGACGCCGGUGCGUCCGACAUGAACCCGCUGCCUGUUGUUGUCCACUGCCAGUUCUCCCAGGUCCGCGGCCCGUCGUGCGCCCGCGCUCUCGCCGCCCAUCCCGACAUCGCCGCCUGCCCCACCGUCCAGAUCGCCAUCCUCAAGGGCGGCUACUCGUACUUUUCGCGCCGCUACGCACCCACCGAUCCGGAUCUGUUUGCCGACGACGAGACCGACGAUGACUCGUGCUCCGCCUAAUGAUCGCAGACCCGCCACCCACAUGCCGCCACCGCCUACCGCUGCUACUAGCCCAACAGUUGGUCACAGAGCAGGCGAGUCAAUGUGGAGGCAGAGGUGGGGAAGGGGAAGGGGAAGGGG